UCAGAGGAGAGCUCUGAAGACAAGAGAGAGGAAGGAGCUCCCUUCUCAGAGCCCCUGAUCCUUUUGUCUGGGUCCCUCAACCUUCAGGUGACUGUCCUUGGUGUGGAUACUCAGAGGCUGACUACCUGUCAUGGCGACUGGUGGAGACUCUGAGGAGGAGCAGGUGGUUCCAAGUGAAGAGGAGGAAGCAGAUGUGAGGGCUGUGCAAGCCCGCUAUCUCCGGAGCCCUUCCCCCAGUCAGUACUCAAUGGUAUCUGAAGCAGAAACAGAGAGCAUUUUCAUGGAACCCAUUCACCUCUCCUCAGCCAUUGCAGCAAAGCAGAUCAUCAAUGAAGAAUUUAGGCCACGGGAGCCCAGAGCUGAAGCUGAGUGCCCUGGCAUGCUGGAGUCAGCUGAGCAGCUGCUGAUGGAAGACCUAUACAAUCGUGUCCGGGAGAAAAUGAAUGACACCAGCCUAUACAACACCCCCUGUGUUUUGGACCUGCAGCGAGCUUUGAUCCAAGACCGCCAAGAAGCUCCUUGGAAUGAAGUAGACGAGGUCUGGCCCAACAUCUUCAUAGCAGAGAAGAGUGUGGCUGUGAACAAGGGGCGGCUGAAAAGGCUGGGAAUUACCCACAUCCUGAAUGCUGCUCAUGGUACAGGGGUCUACACUGGGCCCCAAUUCUAUACUGGCUUGGAGAUCCAGUACUUGGGUGUGGAAGUGGAUGACUUUCCGGAGGUGGAUAUCGCUCAGCAUUUCCGGAAGGCUGCCGAAUUCCUUGAUGAAGCCUUGCUGACAUAUAGAGGGAAAGUCCUGGUCAGCAGUGAGAUGGGUGUUAGUCGGUCAGCAGUGCUGGUGGCUGCCUACCUAAUGAUUUUCCAUAGCAUGACCAUCCUGGAGGCUUUGAUGACCUUGCGCAAGAAGCGUGCCAUCUGCCCCAAUGAUGGCUUCCUAAAGCAGCUCCGGGAGCUCAAUGAGAAGCUGAUGGAGGAGAGAGAAGAGGACUAUUGCUCGGAGACUGAGGGUGAAGAUUCGGGGAGUACAGAACAGGUCAGAGUGCGUGCCCUCACUGUAGAAGAAGAGGAUGAUGUUUCUAGCCGGCUGAGUGGCUCCUCAGUGGGGAUGGCCAACCUGGACUCUAGAACCUCUAGUCUGUUGGACAAAGAAGAGGAAGAGAACAUGUUUGAGCAGUGGAAGAAGGAGCAGGACAACUCUACAAGUGGGGUCCCUUUGGAUGGAGAUGGCAGGCACCCCACUUCCUCUGGCCAGGGUGGGGAAGAGGACAAGGAUACAGAGACUAUCAUCAGAGAGUGGCAGAGCCGAAAUGAGAGGUAUCAGGUAGAAGAGCACAAGCGGUGGACCAGGAAGGAAGAAGAGGAGGAAAAAGAGGAGAGAGGGGGUGAAAUAUGGAGGGGGAGAAGCCGGAGGCACACUUUGAGUGAGAGCAGCAGUUUGGAGAGUGUGAGCAGCCAUGACAUCCAGGUCCUGAAGCAACAGCUGGAGAUGAGCUUCUUGAAGCGAGGUGGGAGGCGUCGCUCUGACUCUGUGUCCUCAGACAGCACUUGGGACAUGUGGAACCAGAGGCUGCUGGAAGUAGAACAGGAAGCUUCCCAGAGAUACCACUCCAGGAAUGAGAAAGAAGGAGACACAGAUUCAGAGAUGGGGAGCAGGGUGCGAGAGGACGAUGAGGUGAGCUUGUCCUCAGCAGCCAGCUCUCUCUCCAACUUCUGCAGCAGAAACAAAGACAAACUCACUGCCCUGGAAAGGUGGAAGAUCAAGAGAAUCCAAUUUGGAUUUCACAAGAAAGACUCCGAGGCAGGAGACAGCAGUAGUGAGCAGGGCACUGAGCAGGCAAUGCAGAGGCCCUUGGAUGUCUGUCUGACAGCCUACCAGGCCUGGAAGUUGAAGCACCAGAAGAAGGUAGGCAGUGAGAAUCAGGAGGAAGUGGUAGAGCUUGGCAAGGGAGAGGACACAACCUUGGCCAAAAAGCGACAAUGGAGACUGGAGCUGUUGGAGAAAAGCAGGCAGACACUGGAGGAGAGCAGGUCCUUGGGAGAUGGGGAAGCAGCCAGUUCGGUGGCCAGUGGCAACAUCCCACUAUCUGCUUUCUGGUCCGGAGCCUCCUCAAUCAGUGCUUAUGGGGACACAGGCUCAGUACUCAGUGCCCAGAGCCAUAGCUCCCAGUCGGCUCAGGGUGUAAGCAAUAUGGGAGGCUGCUCAGCCUCUAACCCCAACACUCAAGUUCCCAACCUUCUAGUGGGACCUGGGGACACCAUUUCCAUUGCCAGCAUCCAGAACUGGAUUGCCAAUGUGGUUAGCGAGACACUUGCCCAGAAACAGAAUGAAAUGCUGCUGCUGUCUCGCCCACCCUCAGUAGCAAGUGUGAAGGCUCCACAAGCAGCCAGCUGCCUGGGGGAUGACCAGGUCUCCAUGAUCAGUGGACGGAGCAGUGUGUCAGUGGGCAGCUGCCUGAGACCACCCAGCCAAGCCAAGCCCUGUUGUGAUACACAGUCCCUUCUGUCCUCCAGCACCACAGCCAGCUCCAGGGCCCAGGGGACCAGCAAGCCCAUUUACAGUCUCUUUGCUGACAAUGUGGACCUACAAGAGCUUGACCGAAAGGAGAAAGAGAUGCAGAUGGAGCUCAGGGAGAAGAUGUCUGAGUAUAAACUGGAGAAGCUGGCCUCUGACAACAAGCGCAGCACCCUGUUCAAGAAGAAGAAUGGGAGGGGAGGGGCCAGUGAGGUGGAUGACAGGGAUGAGGAUACUGACAGUGCCAUAGGGAGCUUCCAGGAUUCUUCCCGCAGUAAUUCCUACAAACCUAGCCUGGGCACUUCCUCCUGUCUGGCUAUGUCUGAUCACAAUGGACUUGGAGGCAGUGUGAGGAAGUGGCUCAGUGGCCUAGAGACAGAUGAAAAACCUCCUCCCCUGAGUGACUGUUCAGGAAGUUCCCAGGGUAAAACCAGCAGGUCCUCCCUGCUUCGCGAGACAAAGUCCAAAUUCUCCAGUUACAAGUUCUCUAAAUCUGAGUCAGAGGAACAGGACACCUCCUCUUUCCAUGAGGCUAAUGGUAGCUCCACACGAAGCACUUCGAGCUUCUCCUCCUGCUCUUCCAGGGAAGGUCAAAAGAGACACACUUUUUCCAGGUCCCUGUUCAGUGAGACCUUGGGUUCCCGAGAGGAAAGCCCAGAGCCCCCUUUCUUCUGCCGGACUCCUGAGGACUCUGGAGAGGAAGAGUUCCAGGAACCUCGGCGCCCAAGUUGGGGCAGGUCUCGGGAAUGGGCAGACAAGGAGGAGUCAUCCCAGUCAGACUUUUCAGAAUUUGGAGCCAAAAGGAAAUUCACCCAGAGCUUCACAAGAUUAGAAGAGGAGGGAGAGAAAGAGAAGAUGGAAAGUAGAGAAGAAGGGAGGUAUACAUCAGCACGGAGAUCCCAGCAUCGGAGAUGCAAUGACAGGGAGGAAGAAGAAGAACUAGAUGAUGAAGCUCUUAUCGCAGCCUGGAGGCGUCGGCAAGAGGAGAGCCGGACAAAGCUGCAGAGAAGGAGAGAGGAAUAAGCAGGGCAGGUGAGUGGGGAGAGAUUGAUGUCACAGGUAGAAGCCAAGCGUCUGGCAUGGGGCUAGAGGUAUAGAUGGUCAUGACCCACAGGAGACAAGGCUGUGGAGAGGAUCAGCCACAGAGGCAGAGAAAUGAAGAGCACCUGCAUAAGAGGAGGGGUCAAAAGAGGAGGAAAGGACCAUUUCUGUGGCCUAUAUGCUGCACUUUGGUGCUUCACUAGUGAAUGUGGUAAAUCUUGUCACAGACUUGAGCAAAGGCACAGUGGUGACUGAAGACUCCAGCUUAUACCCUGCAGUGAGCAUGGGACAUGUUGCUGUGUAUGGAGUUUUUACAAGACCCAGAAACUCUAGCCUGGGGCAAGUAUGCCAUCUCUUAGUAAUGAAGUGUUUUUGCUUCUUUGUAACAUUGUGGAUUACCAUUAAAUUCAUAUGUUGUCAAAUA